CGUAGCCAGGAAGUAGUCUCUUCAUAUAUUAUUUCUAAACGAAAGUAGAAACGGAGGGAUUUUAUCACGAGGACCAGUAAAACGCAAUCAUUGAAAACCAGCCUAUCACACAUUUCAAGGUGUCAAAAUGGUGAACUGCUGUGGAUUGAUAACUGUCAAGAAUGAACCAGUGCCUCUGAAGAGUAUUGCUGUGGAGGUUAGUGUCCAGGGGCAUGUAGCCACUGUGAGCUCCACUCUGCAGUAUGAGAACCAGGAGGAGAGCCCUCUGGAGGCCAUAUUUGUUUUCCCUCUGCCAGGAGAGGCUGCUGUCUGCAGGUUCAGCGCCAAGAUAGGACAGACUGAGGUGGUGGCUGAGGUUCAGGAGAAACAGAAGGCGCGGGAGCAGUAUGAUGAUUUGUUGAGCUCGGGCCAGCAGGCCUUCCUAUUGGAGGAGAGUGAUGAGAGCUCGGAUGUGUUCAAGCUGAGUGUAGGUAGUCUGCCGCCAGGGGAGAAGGCCUCUGUCAGCCUGGACUAUGUGACAGAGCUGGCUGUACAGGCUGACGAUGGCCUAAGGCUCUGCCUUCCAGCUGUGCUCAACCCCCGCUAUCAACCCCAGGGGUCAGACAAUGGCAGUGGUAGCAGUGCCCUGGUGUCCUCAGUGCCUGCUGGUUCUGUGCCUUACAGUCUGUCCCUCAGUGCCCAUGUGUCGUCCCCUCAUCCCAUCUGUAGAAUAGAGUCCAACUGUCCCCUGGACCCACUCAACUACCUCAACACAGAGAAAACCCAAGCCACGGUCAAUCUGGCUGCAGGUCAUCAGUUUGACCGGGACGUUGAGCUGUUGUUGUAUUACCAAGACACCCAUCAGCCUACUGCUAUAGUAGAGGCAGCACAGACUUCUGCCAAGCCAGGCUCUCUGAUGGGCGACCCAGUGGUCAUGCUGAGCCUGUACCCAGAGUUCCCCAACGAUGUGAUGUCAUCGAUGACCUCACUCGGGGAAUUCCUUUUUGUUGUGGAUCGCUCUGGCAGCAUGUCAUUCUCCAUGCACAAUGGGUCUGGGGUUCAGGACAGUGCCAGCAUAUACACAGAUACUCUGCUCCUCUUGCUAAAAAGCCUGCCAAUGGGCUGCUACUUCAACAUCAUCGGUUUUGGGUCCAGAUAUGAGUCCUUCUUUCCUAAGAGUGUGGAGUACAGCCAGAAGACCAUGGAUGAGGCUCUGCUGAAGGUGAAGGCAAUGAGGGCUGACCUUGGAGGUACAGAGAUCCUCCAGCCUUUAAAACAUAUCUACAGCCAGCCCUGCCUCCCUGACCAGCCCAGACAGCUCUUCUUGUUCACUGACGGUGAGGUGAGGAACACCAAGGAAGUGCUGGAUCUGGUGAAGGCAAAUGCCGGCUCUCACAGGUGCUUCUCCUUUGGGAUUGGAGAGGGGGCCAGCUCUGCUCUCAUCUUUGGGGUGGCCAAGCAGGGUGGAGGGCACGCACAGUUUAUCACAGGACAGGACAGGAUGCAGCCCAAAGUGAUGCAGUCCCUGCGGUUUGCCCUGCAGCCGGCUGUGGUGAACAUCUCAGUCAAGUGGAAUGUCCCAAAGGGGGUGUCUGUCACACCUCUGUCUCCACCAAUCAGAGUGCUCUUCCAGGGUCAAAGGGCACUGCUGUAUGCCCAGCUCACUGGGAAGAGCUCAGGGGACACAGAGGGCUCAGUGACAGUGGCGUACAGCCUGGCUGAGCAGCCUGUUGAGAACCAGCUGAGCUUCAGUCUCAAGCCUGCAGAAGACACCGGACUGACUGUCCACAGGCUGGGGGUUCGAACCCUGAUCCGCUCCCUGGAGAUGGAAGAGAGACAGGGGUAUGGGAAGAAAAAGGGAGUGAAAGAGAAGGUGGUAGAGCUCAGCGUCCAAUCAGGAGUGAGCAGUGUCUUUACUGCCUUCAUUGCUGUCCACAAAGUAGAUGGAGAGGCUGUGCAAGGACCAAUGCUACGCAGACAAGUCCCCACGCCAAGUGUGUGUGUGUCUGUGAAACAACGGCAUCAGUCAUUGUUAAAAAGCGCAAUGUCCAGUAGGAUGGUGUGUGGUGCGGCUAUGAACAGGUCUAUGCUCACAAAGAUGAGUUUCGAUGUCCAAGCUGAUCAAGGUCAAGGUCAAAGAUUCUUACAAGGAUCAAGGCCAAUGUAUGGCAAAAUGAGAAGGCGUCAAAGAUCUGAGCCUCGAAGCACUGACUUAGACUGUCCAGCCACAGCCUCUAAUCCUGUGAAGGACCCUCUCCUCCAGCUGAUCUCCCUCCAGAAGGCCUCUGGUUUCUGGGUCCUGGAGGCAGCAUUGGCUGAGGUACUGGGGAAGACUGAGGAGGAAGUGGCCAAGCCAAAGCCUGCACCGGUGGACCAGGAGGUGUGGGCCACGGUUCUAGCCCUGGUAUGGCUCUAUGGGUUCAAGAUGGAGGCUCAGGAGGAGUGGCAGUUUCUGGCCAUGAAGGCAGUAUCAUGGAUCCAGGCUCAGAAAGCGGCCAGUGUGUCCGAGUGUGUCCAGGCUGGAAACAUCCUUCUGGGUUGCCAGGUGCUGAAAGACACAUUGGGGCUCUGAGAGGUUCACACUGCCUGUCCUCUUUCUGUCCCCCACGCUCCUGCUACUCUGUCUGGGGUCAGAUAUACACACAACCCAACCUGCUCCUGGUCCCCUCAAAGCAACAUGGUGGAACUAGCUACUGUCCCGGUCUGAACAAGCCUAAUUAUCAACCUCUCACCUAUAUUAGCCUACUGUCAUUUAAUGUAGGGGCACUUAUGUAUCUCAAUGUAUUGGUUGUUAUUAACAUAUCAACAUGAAUCUAUGUAUUACAUAUACAGCUAUACUUGUUAGACUUUGCUUUGGUUAUCAAUUCAAUAGGCUACUGGAAACAAUGUGUUAACUGUACUUGUCAUCACUAUCCAAAAUGCUUGGUAAAAUGGAAAGCUAGAUGAGUGCCUUUCCGAGUGCCUUUACUGUGUAAUCAUGUAACACUGUCUAUAUUCAUGCAUUUCCUCAUAUUUUACCACUGUACUUUAAAAUCAUGUGAUAAAAUCAAUGAUAUUCUGCA